CGAUAAUCUACCAACAUGAUGUCGGAACAAUACAAUGAGCUUCAUUUGGAAAACAUGGUAAUCGGGGGAGAUCAAAAUGUCACUAUCAAGUCUGCGCAAUAUAAAGGUACAGAACAACGUGACGAGAACUUUAUCGAUAUCGAUAGUACUAGUGUCGAAGAAGUCGACGUCGACAAUAGUACAACACAGACACCCGUGCAGUCAAAAGCCUGGACGAGAUUUAAGGAGCUGGAAAUGCGCGUUAAUGCUGGAGAAUUGAUUGUUCUGGACGGUGCUACAGGCACAGAAUUGACAGAGCGAGGAGUUAGUGCCGAACAACAGUGGAACGGGUGGCCGGCACAAUUAUUCGUACCUGACGUAGUCAGAGACGUACAUCGAUCAUAUGUAGAUACCGGCGUAGAUAUCGUCACCACCAAUACGUAUGGCACAAACCGGCAUGUGAUCGGCGAUGACGGGUCGAUCUCCAAGGAAAGCCUGGAUAAGUCUAAUAUGCUGGCUGUAGAAUUGUGUCGUGAAGCGAUCGGUGAUGAGAAUGUGCUCGUUGCGGGCAGCAUGAGUAACCAUCCGCCAGCAAUUUCCAAAACCGUGCGUGAAGUCUCCGUAGAUGAUGACAAAAGCAUUAAUCUAACUGAAAUAGGCGAUUGGCCUACACCACUGAAAGAGCUCAAAAACUAUCGCGAACAGGCAUCAAGUUUGGUAGCCGGAGGGGUAGACAUCCUUUUCCUAGAGAUGGUUAAAGAUCGUCUCCAUGGCGAACUCCUCGUAACUGCUGCUAUUGAGACAGGCCUGCCGGUUGUUAUUGGACUCACUCUGACUGUACUAGAAAGUGGUGCCGUGGUGGCUAGAGACGAUCAAACGUUUACUGUAGAGGAGAUGAUACGUCAAUGGAGAGUGCACCCCAACGUCGUUGGUUUCUCAGCAAUGCAUAUUAGUGCGAAUGAAACUGAAACACACGUGAAAGCCAUUCGUUCAUACUGGGACGGCUUUAUUGCAGCAUAUCCUAAUCAGGGCAAGUUCGUGCCUCCUAAUUGGGAAAUCUGUGAGCCUAUACCUGCAGCUGAAUAUCGUGAGUACGCUAUCAAAUGGAGACGUGCUGGUGCCAAUGCCAUUGGAGGAUGCUGCGGCAUCGGACCCAAGACUAUUGAGGAAGUGAAGUCCCUUUCACGAGAAAUCAACCAGGCAAUUACGCAGGAAAGACAGGUCGCAUAACCAUGUUAUGUGUACAGGCUGAUAUAAGCACGCAUCUUUCUUCUCGAGCACAUUGUUUGAAACGGAUGCUGCUUUAGAAAACACA